AUGGCUUCGAGAACAUCAUCAUCCUGUAAGAUUCUCAGCAGAGGAUUCCAUGUGUCUUCGGUUGCGGCGCGCCGGUUACGUCCCGAAAUCAAGCUGCAACCCCCCAUUGUGCCCAGCAUUGCCAGCAUAGGUGUUAAGGAUGACCACCCUCUGUGGCAGUUUUUCAGCGACAAGAAGUUUAUUCGAUCCAGUGAAGAUGUUGAAAAAUCAGGCCGACCAUGGACUAUUCAGGAACUGCGACGAAAAUCAUUUGAAGACCUUCACACGAUCUGGUACACUUGUGUCAAGGAGCGAAACGUGCUUGAGCGCGAGAGCCGCAUCUACGCUACCUACGACCAGUCUGGUGACAGCAACCCCUUUGCGCAACAGAGUGCGCGUGUGCGCGAUUCCAUGUGGCGCAUCCGUCAUGUCUUGUCUGAGCGUCAAACAGCUUGGGAAAAUGGACUGGCUGAAUUUGCUGCCGAGCAGGAAGCAAUCAUUGCCCGAUUUGAGGAGGAUUAUCUGGAGGCUGAUGACUCACAAGAUGCUGAGAUGGAGGCCCGUCUCGAGAGAUUUCAACUUGCAUUUUACGGCAUUGGCAACUCGCUUGAGCCUGCCGAUGUUAAUGAAAAUGUGGUACGCGGUAUUAAAAAGGUUGCUCAGCUCAAGUUUCUGCGCUUCCAAUCGACAUUAAAGGAGCAAUCCCAGACUGCCAUUGAGGGCCCCCGUGACAUCAAGGAAGCCUACCUGCUGUUUUUGGCUUCCCAUUCACCUGAGGGUGUCCAGGAAGCUGUUGACAGUAUUGUUGAGCAGCGUAAUAGCACUGAGGCUAUUCCUGAAGCUAAGGACCAAGAAACUCUUGUUACUCUUCUUGAGCAAUACAACCAUUUGGAAGAUGAGCAACAACAGCAGUAA